CACAAAAAAGUGUGGGUGUAGAGAUCCGAACCCGAAGCAGCCCAUCAGUUCUCAGGCUAAAACGGCUACUUGGCGUCCCCGCGCCGUCCCGGUCCUCAGGCCGAUUCAGGCGCACUAACGGCGACGGAAGGCCGUAGCCGUGCUUCGUAGAACAGAGGUCUCAACACAAUGUUGCAUGAAAUCUUACUCGCACUCUUGGGUUAUACGGGAGAUCUUAUUAUUGAUCAAAGAGAGCACCAGCGGUCACUAGGUGUUCAGUUGGCCCCCAACGCACCAAUUGCGGAAGAAACUACCUUCGUCCUGGCUCCUGAUCUGUCCUUCAUACAACCCAGUGAAAGGGAUGUAAUUAAGAAGAUAAUUGCUCUAGGUUUUUAUUACCGAGAACUUGAUAGAUUUGCAGCUAAGUCGCGGAAUUUGAGCUGGAUUAGGUCCAACAAUGAGUCACCACUGGUUAGAGCUUCUGAACUGUUAAAGGGGAAAAAAGAGAAACAGAGUAUUUACAGGAGAGCCAUUUCCAAUGGGAUUGUUGAGGUGCUAUCAGUGUAUAGGUCUGCUGUUCUGCAAAUUGAGCAGAAAUUCUUGUCUGAUUCAUUACCAAUCUUAUCAACACUUACUCACGGUCUCAAUAAGUUCUUUGUCCUUUUGCCUCCUCUUCACGAGCUCAUUUUGGAGAUAGAGCGCAAUGGCAUUUGUGGAGGGAAGCUUCUCAACCUCUUGCACAAACGGUGUCAAUGUGGUAUUCCUGAACUGCAGACAUGCAUUCAGAGGCUUCUUUGGCAUGGGCAUCAAGUCAUGUAUAAUCAGCUUAUGUCGUGGAUGGUCUAUGGGAUUCUUCAUGAUCCAUACAGAGAAUUUUUCAUUGGCAGACAGGAUGACAAGGAUGCAGAAACAGACUCAAGUUCUGAUGUGAUUCAGAAAUUGGCACACUUGUCAACCAGUGAUGUUUCUUUAACUGAUUGGCACUUGGGGUUCCAUAUUUCGCUGGAAAUGCUUCCAGAUUAUAUCCCUAUGGGUGUUGCAGAGUCCAUUUGUUUUGCUGGAAAAGCAGUCAGGGUACUUCGAAAUCCUAGCUCUACUUUUCAACUUAAUAAUGCAGCAUUGAAUCAGCAGACACAGAGAAGUCUACAAAAGAACCAAGGAUUCACAGAAGAGGUCUCUUUUGAGAAGAACUCUCCAAUGGAUUUUCAGUCAGUUGGAGAAGAUUUACUACCACAGUCUGAGGCAGAUAAGAUCGAAUCUUUGCUUCAAGCCUUAAAGGAGUCAUCAGAGUUUCACAAACGAACAUUUGAAAUGGCCGUUGACUCAAUCAAAGCAAUUGCAGCUAGUCAUCUUUGGCAGCUUGUAGUUGUGCGUGCAGACUUAGAUGGCCACUUAAAAGCCCUCAAAGAUUAUUUUCUUCUGGCAAAAGGUGAUUUCUUUCAGAGUUUCCUUGAGGAGAGUCGCCAGCUCAUGCAUUUACCACCUCGCCAGUCCACUGCAGAAGCUGACCUUAUGGUCCCCUUCCAACUGGCUGCACUUAAGACUAUUGGAGAUGAAGACAAACACUUUUGUAGAGUGUCUUUGCGUGUGCCUUCUGUUGGGAUUCCUCUCAAAUCAGCUCAGCGUGAUUUGCUGAAAAAUGCAUAUGCUGAUGGAGAGUUAGGAGGGCAAUCAGAUACUUCUUUGGAGAUGUCCCUUGACGGAUGGGAUGUCAUUUCACUUGAGUAUUCUGUUGAAUGGCCCUUGCAGUUGUUUAUCACACAGGAAGUCCUUUCAAAGUACCAAAGAGUUUUCCAGUACUUGCUCCGACUUAAGCGGACACAGAUGGAACUAGAAAAAUCAUGGGCUUCUUCGAUGCAUCAAGAUCACUCAGACUUUGCUAAGCACCGCAAUGACCAUUCAAAGUCUUCAUCAUCACAACAGCGGCGACAACACAUUAGACCAAUGUGGCAUGUAAGAGAGCAUAUGGCUUUCUUGAUAAAAAAUCUCCAGUUCUAUAUUCAGGUUGAUGUUAUAGAAUCUCAGUGGAAUGUUUUGCAGUCUCAUAUUCAAAAUUCUCAUGAUUUCACAGAACUUGUGGGCUUCCAUCAAGAGUACCUGGGUGCAUUAAUUUCACAAUCUUUCUUGGAUAUUGGUUCUGUCUCGAGGAUUCUGUAUGGCAUAAUGAAACUCUGUGUGCAAUUUUGCUGGAAGAUGGAGAAUCAGGUGGGCAAUGGGGAUACCAACGAGCUAGAGCAUAUUGCUGAGGAAUUCAACAAAAAAUCGAACUCCUUAUACACAAUACUAAGAAAUAGUAGGCUUGCUGGGAGCCAAAGAGCACCAUUCCUUAGGCGUUUUCUUUUGCGUCUCAACUUUAACUCUUUUUCUGAGGUGACUGCACUGAAUGUUGUCGGGCACCGCCCACACCUUGCUGUUUAGCGGAUGAGUGAAUGUUCUCUGCCCAAAAUACCCCCAGAAUUCAAUUGGGAAAUGAAUCUUAAGCUAUUUAAGAAUCUUCUGGCCUCCCUUUCAUGUUUUUAUCCUUGGCUAGUUUCGGAAGGAUGCAUUGUUGUGCCAAAAUGACAACACCAGUCUCCUCAGAAGUUUCUUUGUGUAUAUAGCUAUGAAUAGAUAGGAAAGUUCAAAACCGAUUUCUCGCUAAGUACUCAGUUUAUUACUCAGUUUAUUUCUGACUUCCUUUGUUCAAUUCAUACUAGUGAUAGAAAUCAACGCGUUCUUGAGUAAAUAAACUUAUUAAUGAUAAAAAAGGGAAAAAUAAUUCAAAU